AUGUCACUCUUACCCCUAGGCAUUAGCCACUCGGCCUUACCGGCCCCGAAAGGCCUUCGCUACAGGCUACCCACCCGGGCAGUCUUCUCUUGUUUUCGCUUUCAACUAAAAAUUUCUUUCCCGCAAGCGAAGCCCCUUAGACGCGAGCGAUUCCCAUUAGGGGAAGGUGAACAGGAAGCAGACUUGGGGACCCUUACGCAGGAGGUGUUCCGGGUAAUGCGGUUAAAGACAAGCAAUAAGGAAAAAAAGAAGGCAAAGAAGAAAGAUAAGCAAGGAAAAGAGCUCAAAAGAAGAUCCCGAUUUGACUUUGAUUGUUAUGGACUAGUACCAAGAUCGAGUCCUAGACAAGCGGAUCUAAUUUUAACAGCCAGAACAUCUUUGCUAUUGAUGCUACAUAAGCAGUCUUUGUGCUCUUCGGAGUGCGGUUCUUUCGAGAAAUUCCUACCUCUCUAUCUAUCUCUGAGAUGUUUGGAUUUUUCAAAACUGCAUGGGCAUGCGCCUGUUAAGCCAAAGAAGAUCAAUCAAUUCAGCAGGCAAAAGAAAGCCCUCUACUUCUUUGUUAGGAGAGUCAUUCUCGUCUUGUUGUCCAUAUAA